AUGGUUUCUAUUGCUGAAGUGACCCAAUUGGUGGGUAAUUUGUUGUUGUACGUCAUGACUAUAGUACUGAGAAACUCGUUAGUAGGAAUUCAGUAUAUGGUUGCCAACUAUCCUGAAGCGUCGAAAGUGGUCUUUAUGUUAUUAGCUUUGUAUGCCUUGUAUAAGGUAGCGGUUCGUAUGAUCAAAAUGUGGGUUCGUACCUUGGUAUUUAUUUGUAAGUUUGUCUUAGUGAUGUGUAUGCUUUUAUCGUUAGUGGGAGUUUAUGUGCGGGGGCUGAAGUUGUUCACUCAAGACAUGCCUAAUGUGUUGCACAUUUUUACUAAUAGAGAUGAAUACAUGAAGUCAUCGUACGAGUUGUACGAUAACAUCAAUGGGGUGUUAGAUUACAUUCAACUGAACGAUGAAUUGAGAGAUCUAUUCAUGGCCACAAAGAAGAAUAUGGAUAGUGUGAUGGAAAACGUCGAAGGGUUUGAACAGGCAAAGGAGUAUGUCAAUAAAUUUGUUGAUAAAGAUAUACAAAACUCAGUUAAGGAUUUUGUUCAACAAGGAAGUGCUGUUGCUGGACAAUUUGUUAACUAUGCUCAAGAUCAGCCGAAUGUGCGUAACUUUGUGAAUAACUUCUGGAAUUAA